AGUAUAUAGAUCGAGUCACUUAGAUAAAACUAUGUAUUUGGGUCUAAUAGUGAUAAACUUACUACGGUAACUUAUCGAGGGUCGUCACUGGAGUUGUGCAUCUACCCUUUCAUUAUCUCUCAUGCGGUGUUGGUAUGUUCAUAUUAGCAAUUCGUCGCGCGCCAGAGAAUCACUUGCUCGCGCAUUUUCCCUGACACCGGCUAGAAAGUCGAUCAGCUGAUACUGGCUCAGCUUCCGCUUGGUCAGAACGGCAAGAAGAACUGUGUGUAUAGGCCCAGGAAUUUUGCUUCCUAGAAUUGUUUGACCUUAAUUUGUUUUGCUUUGUGAUUAUGCUCAGACAGUGUCUUUUCCUCCGUUUUAAGCUUGUAGUCUUGUAUCGCGUCCAUAGGCACGAAUGACCUUGACCUUUGCUGUGCCCACCCCGACCCUGUACAUCGUCUGCUCGAGCAUUGGAUUCGCAUUGAGGAAGGUUUGACAGCUAGGGCAGUGAGCGCCCGUUCAAGUACUGGACAAAAACGAACAGGUAUCUAUAAGGCGAGUUUGUCCGUUGGUAUAAACCCACCUCUAUUACCUAGCUAGGAGAGGUGUGAUAAGUGUUGUAAUCACGUCACAUGGCUUGUUAGGCAACAGCUGAUCAUCGUUAGUCUACACGUCCAGUCAUCGGAAACGGACUUACAUACUAAUAAUGGCAGACAAGAAGAAGAAAAUGGGAAAAUACAAAACUACGGAGGCAGAUGAGCCAUUGCAAGGUGCCACCGAGGAAAGGAGUGCGAGAGGGGGUGACUUCGAGCAACCAGAUGGGGGGUGGGGAUGGGUCGUCUGCUUUACCUCAAUGUGGGCAAAUGGAACUGUGUUCGGCAUUAUCAACACGUUUGGGAUUGUCUAUGUUCAUAUGAGAGACUUGUAUGCCAAAGAUGACCCAGAUGUGUCUUUCAAAACAUCAUGGGUCGGUUCAGUGUGCACAGGUACAACAUUCCUCAUGUGUAUGUUUGCAAGUAUUGUCAGUGACAGACUUGGAAUCAGGAAAACAGCCAUGUUUGGUGGAUUUCUUGGAUUUCUUGGUUUACUGGCAAGUGCUUUUGUGAACCAGUUACAACUCCUAUAUCUUACCUAUGGAAUACUCCUUGGAAUUGGAUCCUCGUGUUCCUAUGCACCAUCACUAGUCAUCCUUGGACAUUACUUCAGAAAGCAUAUGGGUCUGGUGAAUGGACUGGUGACCUUUGGAAGUUCCGUGUUCACAAUAGGCCUCUCCCUGUGCCUCCCCGUCUUGUUGAAAGAAGCUGGACUUCGAUAUACGUUCAUUUUCUUAGGAGGACUGAACUUUUUGUUGAUAUUCUGUGCCUUAACAUGGAAACCUUUGAUAAAGAGAGAGUCCAACCUAGCAAGUCUUGCUCUGUCAAAGGAAAGUAUUGUUGAGCAUGUGAAUGACUGUUGUUCAUUUACCAAGAAGUUCCUCAAUGUGAAUAUCUGGAAAAAUAAGGGAUAUGUUGUUUGGGCACUUUCAAAUGGUGUUUCUCUUUUUGGAUAUUUUGUACCUUUUGUACAUUUGGUGAAACACACCAGUGACCGGUUCCCCAGUUAUGAUGGCAGCUUGCUGGUCAUGUGUAUGAGCAUCACCUCAGGGGUUGGCAGAAUUGUGUUUGGGAAGGUUGCUGACUUUUCCUGGGUCAACCGAAUUAGAAUGCAGCAGUUUGCUUUCCUUAUUUUGGGUGUGACAACCAUGUGCAUUCCAUUUGCGAACAACUUUGCAAGUCUUAUCGCUAUCACUCUGGUCAUGGGCAUCUGUGACGGUAUAUUCAUCUGUCUCCUGGGACCUAUUGCCUUUGAUAUUGUGGGUCCCACCGGUGCAUCACAGGCCCUUGGCUUUCUCUUUGGGAUAUUCAGUCUUCCAAUGACAGUUGGACCCCCUAUUGCAGGUCUCCUGUAUGAUCACCUUGGUUCUUACAACAUAGCAUUCCACUGUGCAGGUGCCCCUCCAAUCAUUGGGGCUAUCAUCAUGUUCCUCAUUCCUCGCACAAAGCAGACAUACCCUGGUGUUACUGACACACAAGAAUUUGCUGCAUUGUCUCAACAAAACAUAUUUGCUGGACCAGAUCAUGAUGAUGAACUGAAGGUAAACGGAAAGGGACCGUCAGCCACCGAGAUGAUUGUUGUUGAGGGCCAUGAUCUAUUGGAAGAAUUUGCUGCCAGCUCAGAUAAGCAGGCUUUGUACAAGGAGGAAGUGAAAGCAGAGUUAUCUUCCUCAGAUGAUAAACCUGAUAAUGAGAUUCGAGUAUAAAACUUCUUGUUGUUUACAGAUGAAAGUCAUCAUUACUAUGCAAGUGACAUAAAGAAUCAAAAUGUGAGACUGAUCAAAACAAAUGUUGAGCUUCGAGACUGAAUGAUAUGUGUUCCACAGGGAUGUAUUUCUAUUGAAUGAACAAUUUAAGUUGUCUACCAUGGGGACUCAAGGCAAAAUUUACUUCCUUGCUUAUAAUGUGUUAAUGGCAAGCUGUAUCUAAAUACUGUAAUCAUUUCAAAAGUCUGUGCAUGUCUUUGUGAAAUGAAAUAUAGAUGUGCAAGUUGAAAUCAAUAAUGAAAAAUGUGUGCACACAUUUAUUUGUUGUUAGUUUCUGUAGUUUUACAGUGUUGGUCUUCGUUGAACUGAAUGAAGUACUAAGUUAAGGUGCAUGUAACUCUGAUACUGUUCAAUCUCAUUAUUUUGAGAUCUUUGCUCUGAUAUGAUAUCUGUCUGCAUAGAGAUCUGACAACCUCACUGUAGGAUGCCAUGUCAGGUGAACUUAUUCAGCCAAUCAGCCUUGGAGCUUCAAAAUACUCUGUGUGAGUGCGCAAAGCAUUCAGAUUUUAGCAUGUGUAAUUUUGGUCUCCCUAAAAUGAAUAAAACUGGAGAGUUCUGAUUGUAUAGCUGCACUUUUAUAUUCUAUCAUGACAUCUGACUGGCU